AUGGGCGGGCUGGCCGCGGGCGGGCGGUGCGACUGCCAUUGCGAGUGGGCCGCCGCCCCGGCCCAGGGCUUCCUCCAGUUGCUGCAGCGGCAACUGGGCCGCUGCGGCCCUGAGCAGCUCCACGGGCUGGCGUGCCCCGCCCUGCCGCCCCCGCCGGUGGCCACCCUGGCCCUCGUCGGUGCGGGGCUCUUAUUCGCGGGCGUCGUCUUCGGCUCGUGCCUCGCGAUCUGCCCUCGACAUGCAGGAUGGCUGGCGCCCGGGCGAAGCGCGGCCGGAGUGGGGCACCCACGGUGGCACGAGGAGCUGCUGGGCGCCCGCUCGGGGCCAUCACGCUGGGCGGGGGCGACGCCUAGCGGCGCCGUCCACGACGAGGACCUCACGGAGAGCGACGGGGCCCCUCGCGCGGGCCCGCUGGGCGGCCUCAAGGCGGGCCCGGCGAACGUCGAGGUCUUCCGGUUCGUCUACCUCGCGGCUCAGGAGAAGCGCGAGCUGCUCGAGGCCUGCGAGGACCACGUCCGCGACAACGAGGGCGCCCUCGACAUCGAGGCCGACGCUGGCCAGGCCUUGGUGGCCGACGAGCCCCGCCACGGCUUCACCCACGGCCAGGCGGACGAUCUCGCGGGCUGCCAGCCGCUGGCCUCAGGGGAUCGCGGCGUGCUCACGGUGCCCGGCGCGGGGCCCCUCUUCGCGGUCGCGGCGGGGUCUCUCUCAUCAGGAGUUGGCGAGGGCGACCUGCGCACACUUCCCGUGCGCUUCGACAGGAGCAACCGCCGCUUCCGUGAGCACGGCGACGCGGUGGCGAUCCGCGACGCAGGCUGGACUCCCACACGGCGCCACUUCGGAUGGCGCAACCUGCUGCAGGUCUCGCACAGCGACGCUGGCGUGGAGGAGCACGUCUACAUCUCAGAGGUGCUGGAGAGGGCCUGCGUUUUCGACCAGCUCAACUGCUCCGAGCUGGAGACGUUCGAGGUCCUCUCGAGGCGCUACCAGCUCUCGGAGGAGCCCCACGCACCGGAGAGCGCCAUCCUCAAGGAGAAGCGCAAGGGGUCGCCGGCGCUUUUGCGCCCGCUGCGAGUGGCGGUUGGCUCGGGCAUGGCGUUUGGCCCUCAGCCUCCUGACGACCGCCCUCGCGAUCUGCUGCCCUUCCCGGGCGGACGGGCCCUCGACGAGCUGCCCCUCGGCACGGCGGGCGGCGGGCUCUUCGCAGCGGGCAAGCGGAAGGCCAGGCGGCGCCGGGGCGAGGAGGCGUGGCUCCGCGCGGGCCUGGGCGCGCUGAGCGAGCUUGACGGCGGCGGCAGGGCGUCCAACGAAGCCCCAGCGACCGCCGCCCAGGCUUCUGCGGUGCGCCCCCUGGCCAAGGUCUAUGGCGGGCGCAGACCUCCACUAACUGACGUUGACCCCCUGGGAGCAUGGAAGGUGCUGCAGGGUAGCGGCGGCGGCUACAUCGACUCGAGUGUGGCCGACAGUUUUGAUGCAACCUACCAGCCUGGCAGGAUUCCCCUUCCGCAGUCACGUGCUGGGGCUGCGCCGCUGCGCGACGUGGUCCCAGACGACUUGCAGUGCAUGCUGGCAGAGGGCAGCGGCCUUCUCCGCGACCCCGCGGAGGCGCAGGCGGCGCUGCACGAGCUCGGGCCCGCCAUGGCCUUGGACCCCGUGCUGAGGCUGAGGGGCUUCACGUACGGGCGCUUCCUGGCGGAGCUCCUGGACAAGGGCAUCCUGCAAAAGGCCACCGUCGUCAAGGUCUGCUUCUACCAGUACGAGCUGCCCGCCAGCCUUCGGCCCCUCUUCGUGCUCCCGCCGACUUGGGCGCGCUACCUGCCCGCCAGGUGGCGCAAGAGGCCGGGGCUCGCAGAGGGCGACGUCGAGCGCGCCUUCCAGGUGCCGGUGACGCCCAUAUGCGAGGGCCCCUCCAAGCUCUGCUAUAGCGACAACCUGGCCGUGGUCUCCGACAAGGAGUGCGAGGCCGUGAACGGGAUCGCCCACAUGUUGACGACGCUCGAGGGCGUGGGCGCGAAGGCUCACCUGGACAUUCCCGACCCGAGUUCCGGAUCGCUGGAGUUGCUGGGCUUCGAGUACGUGGCCCUCGAGUACGUCUUGCAGGCGGGGGCCACCCCAUCGGGCCUUGAGCUGGAGCGCCUCAUCGGGCACCUCGUCUCCAUGAUGAUGCUGCGCCGCGACCUGCUUUCCGCCCUCUCCGCUGUCUACCAGUUCAGCCGGAAGCUGGGACGUCGCCGGGCGCCCACACGGCCCAGCGCGCGCCGGGAGCUCCGCUGGGCGCACGCCCUGCUGCCCACCAUCGUGGCCCGCUCCGACCUGCAGUGGCUGCCGGUGGUCACCGCCUACGAUGCCUCUGAGUGGGGGCUGGGUGUCGCCGAGAGCCUGCGGGGCAGCGCUGACGUGGGCCGCGCGGGACGGCUGCGCGAGCGCGCUCGUUUCCGCGGCCUGCUCGCCACCGCAGGGGGCAGCCACCGUGAGCACGCUUUGCAUGAUGAGGAGGAGCUCUCGAGGCUGCCCGACGCUGCGGCCCUUCUCCUCGGGAGACACGCCCGCUUCCACGAGGUGCCUCGCGAGCUGCUGCUAGGCGAGGGCUUCGGAUGCCGGGCGCGUGGCGCGGCCAUGGAGGCUCGCCGCCUCGCCUCCGCGCUGGCUGGCCAGGCCCCAGCAGAGGCCCCGCAGUGCGCGACCCACCGGCAGGGGAGUCGCUCGCCAGAGGCGCGGCUCCAGAGGACCUUCAACGCCGAGGGAGCUGCCGGGCUGGACCGCGCCGAGGGCGUUGGGCUGGAGGCUCGCUCACGCCUGCCGCCGCGGCCCGGGCGGCCGACGCGCGGCCCUGGGGCGCAGCGCCCUCCGCGCUCGCCUCCCGCGCCCUCGCCCGGGCCCGCCGCCGAGCCGGGCAUCAAGUGGCCCUUGCCGCGGCUGUCAAGGCUUGCGCAGAACAGCGCGCGGCCCCCCACGCGUGUGCAGCACACGCGGGCGCUGAAGGAGCUCGCCGGCCGGCUUGCAGUCACGCCGCUGCCCGAGUGGACGGCCAGCGCGCGGGGCGAGCACUUGAGCGACUUUCUGUCGGUGCUCUUCGACCGCGGCGGCGGCCCCCACGCCGGGGAGCUCGUCAUGUCCGCACAACUGUGGGCCCUUCCGCCCCUCGGGCUGACCGUGCGGUCCACGUUCCCGCUGACGCACCAGGCUGCAGCAGGGUGGGCCCGCCUGCGACCGCCCCAGUCUCGACCGCCGAUCCCUUGGCUGGUGGCCGCAGGCAUCGCCGGGUCGCUCUUCGCCCCCAGCAAGCUGCUGAUGGGCCCCCUCAUCGCCCUGCUUUUCGUCACCCACUGUCGGCCGGGCGAGGGACUCGCACUGCUCGGGAGGCAGGUCAUCAGGCCGAUCGCCGGGAUGCCCUGGGCCCUGGGCCAGGUCAUUAUCGUUCUCCACCCGGAGGACCUCGGGACACCCUCCAAGACAAACGCCGGGGAUUCCUACGUGGCCCUGGACCUCCCCGAGCACCAGUGGGUCGGCCGCGCUCUGCGCAAGCUGAGAGAGCGGCGAGCCCCACUUCAGCGCCUGCUCCCGAUCGCGUACUGCGAGCUCUUGGCAGAGAUGAAGAGGGCCGCAGUAACCGUGGCCUGCGAGGUGCUGCGCCCAACGCCCCACGGGCUCCGUCACGGUGGAGCCAGUCUCGACAAGGCGCUCGGACUGAGGUCCUCGGGCGACAUCCAGUUGCGGGGUAAGUGGCGACCGCCUCUCAGCGUCCAGCGCUACGAGGAGCACGCCCGGAUCAGCAAGCAGCUCGAGAGGCUCGACCCGCGCGGGCUGCUCGACCUCCAGCCCCGCGAGGGCAAGGUCUUCUUGGAGGCGUUCGCUGGCACAGGGCACCUGUGCCAGGCCCUCCGCAGACGCGGCGCCGCUGCCAUGAGCAUCGACGUGCGACGCGGGCCGCAUCACGACCUCAGGGCGCAAGAAGUCUUCAACGUCGUCAAGGGCUGGAUCCUCUCUGGCCUCGCGCGGGGGCUCUGGCUGGGGACUCCUUGCAGCAGCUUCUCCCGCGCCAG